UGACCAAAGCUCCAACCACAAAACCAUCCAACCCCAUAACCUCUCCUCCUAUUGGCUCUUGUGGCUGCACACUGCACCACAUCUCUCUCUCUCUCUCUAGGGUAGGAGGUAGUCGACUAAUUAAAGGAGGAUUAGCCCCAAAACAAACAAGAGCCAGCAAACCAAAACCAAGAAAAAACCAAACUUUCUCAUGCAUCACUGUUGACUGACACACGUAUAUACAGAAUCCAAUUGUAGUAGCCAGCUGCAAUGCCCUAUGAGGAGCUAUAGUCCAUGAGCAAUCCCUCCUCCCCCUCUUCUAGCGCCGCACAGCACCAAGACCCCCUACACCAGCAAGAGCUAGCUGCCGGAGCCAGCGACGACGCCGGCAUUAUUGUUCCCGGUGUUGCUGCCGGCGACGACGAGCUGUCGCCGCCACGGUGCGAAUGGGAGUUCCGGCUGGCGCGCACCGUGCCGUCCACCGCGCUGCCGGGGGCGUCCGACGCCAUCGGCAGUGUCGACUUCGACCCCACCGGCCGCCUUCUCGCCACCGGCGGCAUCGCUCGGAAGAUCCGGAUGUACAACGUGACCUCGCUGCUGGAUAGCAGCGCCACGGCUUCUGGCGCCGGGCCUGCCGCGUGCAUCUGCGUGCCGGCCAAGCUGAGCAGCGUGCGAUGGCGGCCCUGCGCGUCGGUGGUGGGGUGCGGCGACUACGACGGCGUGGUGACGGAGUACGAUGUGGAGCGCGGCGUGGCGUCGUGGGAGCGCGACGAGCACGCGGGCCGCCGGGUGUGGGCGCUGGACUACGCCCCCGGCGCGACGAUGGCGGCAUCCGGGUCGGACGACCGCACGGCGCACGUGUGGGACCCGCGCGCCCCCUCGGCGGGGUGGACCACGGCGCGCGCCGGCGGGGCCGUGCUGUGCGUGGAGUUCGACCCGUCCGGCGGGCCGCAGCUGGCGGUGGGCUCUGCGGACCGGCGCGCGGUGGUGUACGACGUGCGCGCGCUGGGGCGCGGCGCGGUGGCGUGGAUGGACGGGCACGGGCGCGCAGUGACGUACGUGCGGUGGGCGGGGGCCGGGGCCGGGGCCGGGCGGCGGGUGGUGACGUCGGCGGCGGACGGGACCCACCGGCUGUGGGAGUGGGGGCCCGGCGAGGAGCUGGCGCGGGAGGUGCGGUCGUACAGCGGCCACGCGAGCGCGCGGAGCUUCGUGGGGAUGGGGGUGUGGCGCGGCGCGGGCCUCGUGGCCAGCGGCUCCGAGUCCAACCACGUCUUCGUCUACGACCUCAGGUGGGCCAAGCCCAUCUGGGUACAUCCAUUCUGUGGGGCCCACCUGCCAGUCAGCAACGUGGGUGGAGGUGGGUUUGUCAGCGCGGUGGCAUGGCGACAGGGCGGCGACCUCCACGGCGGGGCGCUGGUCGCCGGCGGGUCGGACGGCGUGCUGAAGAUGUUCACGUGCCAACGAAGGAAAGCAGAGGAAGCGGACGGCGACCAUUAGCCAUGCCUGCUUCUAGCUUUCAGGUGAUGACCAAGUGGUUCUGCAUUUUCGAUUAUUUGUGUUUUCUUUUCUUUUUUUUCUUUGAGAGAACAACUCAUUAAAGAAAGGCAAGUACAUGUUAUAUCGAUGAUCGACACUGAUAAUGAUUAUUUUCCUUUUUGUUUGUCUUGGUGAUGCAUCCCUGACAAUGUAACUACAGAUCUUUUUUUUAAGAAAUAAGAAACAAUUGAUGAUGACACCGUUAUUAA